CACGGCCAGCGGAUGACAGAAGCCGGCAGCGCUGCGCGUGCGCGGUAGGCGCGUGAAUGAGGAGCAUGGUUCGCCUCGACCGCAUCGCCCGCGCCGCUCUCCGUGCGGCCGACUCAGUGUCCGCUUGCGAUCCGAGCCAGCUUGUCGUGUUCGGUGUUUCUGUCACGUCAGUUUUUGCCGUCGCCGCUCGUCGCUAGCGGCCGUUCUACUGCCGACAUAAGAUGCUUGCGUUCAGCGCAGUGGAUACCGUUUGUGAUACAGUUUUUCAAAGUGUUUAAAGUGGAUUCCGGACUAUACCAGGCCGUGGAGCACGCGCAGCGGCUCGAGCGCUCCCAGGCCAUGUAUGUCAUAAAUUUAGAGAUGGCGCACGAGAGUGCUAGCGGUGCGGAGGGCUCCCCCCACCACACGCCGUCGCCUCCCCACGUGCCACGCCUCCCCGCCGACACCAGCUUCCAUCACCAGAUCAUGCAGAAUCAGAGCCCGAGAAAGAAAGACCUCCAUAUAGCGGAGAGAGCGAAACAAACGUUAGAAAAUAAUUUCCUGUUGCAAUUGAAGAAACAGCAACAGCUCCAGCAGGAGAUCUUGUUGCAGCAUUUCCAGCAACAACAACAACAGUUAGCCGAGCAACACGAACAGCAAAUCAGGCACCAUGUAAAGUUAUGGGAGCAACAGAAAGCAAUGGAGGAGGCGGCGCUGCGGGAGGCGCGCGAGGCCCGCGAGGCGAGAGAGGCGCGCGAGCGGCACGAGCGCGACCGCGUCGAGCUGCUGCGGAAGAAGGAUAAGCACGAGCACAGUGCCAACGCGUCCACUCAAGUCAAACAGAAGUUGCAGGAGUUUCUAAAGAAAAAACAGGCCGCAGCAAAUGCUAAUGGAACAAUACCUCCAUCUUCACCGUAUAGAAAUUGGGGUAUCGUAAAAUCGUCAUCGGGAGAAUCAAUAACUUCCACGGGGGCUACCGCCACCGCUCACCCUUACAGACUCGCAGCGCCCUUGCCCCUGACGCUCAACGCUGCUCCCCCUCAACCCUCGCCCGCAGACUUUCCAUUGAGGAAAACCGCGUCGGAGCCCAACAUGCUGAAGGUGCGGCUUAAGGCGCGCGUCAUAGAGCGCCGCGCCUCGCCGCUCGCGCGGCGCCCGCUCAAGACGCGCAUCAAGCACCGCAAUUGCGAGGGCUCGUCCCCCCGCGGCUCCCCGCCGGGCGCGGUGGCGGCUCCCAUCCGCGAGGAGGAGGAGGGCUCGCGCGCACCCGAGCUCCUGUUCUCGUCGCCCUCGCUACCCAACAUCUCGCUGGGCCGCCCGCACGCCCUCGCCGCGCCGCGACACGCGCCCGCGCCGCCCGUCACCGUGGCGCUCCCGCCCGUGUCCGAGGCGGAGGCCUACUGCGGCGCGGCCGCUCUGGGCGCCCGGCUCAGCAAGCGCCCGCUCGGCCGCACGCACUCGGCGCCGCUGCCGCUCGGCGAUCCCGCCCUGCAGCCGCCCUCGGCGCACCACUACCUACGCGACCAGAUUCGCAAGACCGUGCUGACGCGCGCGCACGACGCCGCGACGGCGCAGCUGCGCGAGGAGGAGGGAGAAGUGAUCGAUCUGACGGCUCGACGAGCCGCACCCGAGAGCUCGUCGAGCGCGGGUCCGGCGACGGAGCCCCCGGGCGCCGCGCCGCUGGCCCGCGCGCUCAGCUCGCCGCUGGUCGGCGCGCGCGCGCCCGCCACGGGCCUCGCCUACGACGCGCUCAUGCUCAAACAUGGGUGCGCGUGCGGCGCCCACGCGCCCACGCACCCCGAGCACGGCGGGCGGCUGCAGUCGGUGUGGGCGCGCCUGUACGAGACGGGGCUGGCGGCGCGCACGGAGCGCACGCGCGCGCGCAAGGCCACGCUGGAGGAGCUGCAGGCCGUGCACACGGAGGCGCACGUGGCGGCGUGGGCGGGGCGCGCGGGCGCGGCGGGCGGCAAGGCGGGCGCCGUGCCGCUCGUGCGCCUGGCGUGCGGCGGGCUGGGCGUGGACGCCGACACGGCCUUCAGCGACACGCACACGCCGCCCGCCGCGCGCCUGGCGGCCGGCGCGCUGCUGGACCUGGCCGUGCGCACGGCGCGCAACGAGCUGCGCAACGGUUUCGCGAUAGUGCGGCCGCCGGGCCACCACGCGGAGCCGAACCAGGCGAUGGGUUUCUGCUUCUUCAACAACGUGGCCAUCGCCGCGCGCAUCCUCCACACGCGCCUCGGCCUGCAGAGGAUACUCAUCGUGGACUGGGACGUGCACCACGGUAACGGCACGCAGCAGAUAUUCUACGAGGACCCGCACGUGCUGUAUAUCAGCCUGCAUCGCCACGACGACGGCAACUUCUUCCCGGGCACGGGGGCCGCCAGCGAGUGCGGCGCGGGCGCCGGGCUCGGUUACACCGUCAACAUCGCCUGGCCCGGACACCCACCGCUGGCCGACGCCGAGUACCUCGCCGCCUUCCGCUCCAUCGUCAUGCCCAUCGCCAAGGAGUACGACCCGGAAAUCGUUCUCGUGUCGUGCGGGUUCGACGCCGCCGGCGGACACCCUGCGCCCAUGGGUGGCUACAACGUAUCCGCCGCCUGCUUCGCGCACAUGACGCGCGACCUGAUGAGCCUCGCCAACGGAAAGGUGGUGCUGUCGCUGGAGGGCGGCUACGACCUGGCGGCCAUGUGCGACUGCGCGCAGGAGUGCGUGCGCGCGCUGCUGGGCGACCGGCUGGCCGCGCCGCCGCUGAGCGAGCUGGCGCGCACGCCGGCGCCGCACGCGCAGCGCGCGCUGCGGGCCGCCGCCGCCGCGCAGGCGCCGCACUGGCCGCAGGUCAAGCGCUACGGCGCGCUGGCCGGCGCGUCGGCGCUGGAGGCGGGCGCGGCGCGCGCGGGCCGCCUGCAGAGCGAGCGCGACGCCGCCGACACCGCGGCCGCCAUGGCCACGCUGUCCGUGCACCCGCCGCUGCCGCCGCAGACGCGGCCGCUGGCGCUCAGCCGCUCGGGCAGCUCGCGCUCGGUGUCGGAGGAGCCGAUGGAGCAGGACGAGGGCAAGUGAGCGCCCGGGGAGUCUCCGCCGCACAUUCCGCGCCCUCGUCGAGGCCCGGGGGGGCCGAGCUCCGCCGCGAGAGGGGAGGCCGCCUCGCUGACGUGUUAUAUGUAUAUUACAUAGAGAUCGUCCGUUCGAUGUGAUUCAUAAUGAAUCGGU